AUGCAGAAGAAGUACGCCGAUGAGAACCGCCGACCAGCUCCCGAUUAUCAAGUGGAAGACCUGGUGCUGCUCAAGACGCGAGGACCCAAUGAUGCGGGCAAGGGACAGACGCCUAAGUUCAUUCCGCGACGCGACGGUCCUUAUCGAGUUAGGAAGGUGCUCAGCGCGACGACGUAUGAAUUAGAGCGGAAUUUUUUAACAUUGUUCAAAUACAUAUGUCUGUACGAUUUCACGAAAGUGAUUAAGCAGCAGGCCUGCGAAGGUAGUCGCACGUGCAGAAUGUUUUUCGAAUUGCUCUUUUGCCUUUUCAUAGGCACCGCACUGGGUUAUGUGGAUAAACAAAAGCCUCCACAAUGGAGUCCUGUAUAUAACAUCAAAGGUCUUCUGACUAUACCUUAUGCAGAAUUGCAAGAACCAUUUUAUGCUUGGUUCGACAGCAAGAAUGGCAAGUCCCGCAUCGACUAUUACGGUACGAUGGUCCGGACGUACCAGCUCUCGUCUCCUGUCUACCCCAAAUACGGUACAUCCAUCAAGAUAGCGCCGGUGACCACCGAGAAGCAGCUGAACAGGGAGACCUGCCUCCAGGUCAACGGCACCGAGGGUCAGGAGAUCAGCAUCCAGUCGGUGCUGCCCGACAUGACGGACUUCAAGUUCAUCGGCACGGAGAGGAUGCGCGACUCCGACACCACCAAGUGGCGUAUGGUGCAGACCAUCGGCGACAAGAUCAACAAGUACACCGCGUGGGUCAAGUACAGGAAGAGCCUCCGCGGUGAUCCCGUGCCGAUUCCCAUCAGGUACGAAAUGAAGGGAUUCAACUCUCUCCUCGGCUCCCAUUACGACCACUACUACAUCGACUACAGUGACUACGACGUCGACGAUAUCGAUCCGGAUGUGUUCGUCAUAGACAAGAGUAUGCAGUGCACCUCCUUCCCGGGCCCUGGGUCCCGCCACCUGGCCACCUUCAACCCGAUGAAGGAGUUCGUGCACCCAGUCCAAGAAGACCACGUCCACGAGGAGUUCGCAAGAUUCAAGACUAAACACAACAAGCAGUACGCCAGCGAAGUGGAACACGCCAAGCGUCUCAACAUAUUCAGACAGAAUCUCAGGUUCAUCCACUCUGGCAACCGGGCGCGUCUUGGCUUCAGCCUGGCCGUGAACCAUCUUUCCGACCGCACCGACGACGAGCUGCAAGCGCUGCGCGGCCGCCGCCACUCGGGACCCAGCCCCCUCGGUCUCCCGUUCCCGUACGGGAAGGCCGACGUGGAGGAGAUGAAGGUGAAACUGCCCCCAGAGUUCGACUGGAGGCUGUUCGGAGCGGUCACACCGGUCAAAGACCAGUCUGUGUGCGGCUCGUGCUGGUCGUUCGGCACUGUUGGGGCGGUGGAGGGCGCGCUGUUCCUGCACAACGGCGGCCAUCUUGUGCGGCUCAGCCAGCAGGCGCUCGUCGACUGCUCCUGGGGGUUCGGCAACAACGGGUGCGACGGCGGCGAAGACUUCCGCGCCUACCAGUGGAUCAUGAAGCACGGCCUGCCCACCGAGGAGGACUACGGCGGCUACCUGGGCCAGGACGGCUACUGCCACGUGGACAACGUGACCCUGGUGACCACCAUCAAGGGAUGGGUCAACGUGACGACAAACGAUGAGAACGCCCUCCGCCUGGCGAUAUUCAAACACGGCCCCAUAUCGGUCGCGAUCGACGCCUCCCACAAGAGCUUCAGUUUCUACUCGCACGGCGUCUACUUCGAGCCGAAAUGCAAGAAUAAGAUAGACGAGCUGGACCACGCCGUCCUGGCGGUGGGCUACGGCAUCCUCAACGGCCAGAAGUACUGGCUGGUGAAGAACUCCUGGUCCAACCUCUGGGGCAACGACGGCUACGUGCUGAUGUCCUCGCGGGACAACAACUGCGGCGUGGAGACGGCGCCGACUUACGUUUUGAUU